AUUGGCAUAUAGGAAAUUUCAUAAUGAAAUCAUGCGCUCCUACAUCGUUACUAACAUUAUCAACGCUUUUAUCAGAAACAACAACAACAACAACAACAAAAACAACAACAAGAACAACAACGUCAUCCAUAAUUGUUUAUGCUUCAUAUUUGGAACCGGAUGAACUAAUUCACGAAUUGGAUCGUCCCGUUCCGCUUACCUCCGUUCAAGGCGUUCUGGGACGUCAAGCUAUGCUGCCGUGUGAUAUUACACCAAUGGAACGUGACGAUGCGGUCUAUAUGGUAUUGUGGUUUCGGGAAGGUGAUGGUGAACCCAUUUAUAACUUUGACGUGCGGGGGAGACAAUUUGGCCAAGCUAGAUUAUGGUCGUCACCGUUAGCCUUUGGGCCCAGAGCUUACUUUAGCAGUACAUCGCAUCCUGCCCAGUUAAAAAUCGAUACCAUACGCAUCGAAGACGAAGGUGUAUACAGAUGUCGUGUGGAUUUUCGCAAUUCGCCAACAAGAAAUUUAAAAAUCAAUUUAACUGUAAUAGUACCACCAGAACGACCGAUUGUAUAUAAGCCAAAUCGUCAUGAAAAAAUCAGUAAUGUAGAAACCUUCAACGAAGGUAGCGAUAUUGUCUUAGUUUGCGAAGUAUCAGGAGGACGGCCACGGCCAAAUGUGACUUGGUAUUUGGAUAAUUCUGUGAUUGAUGAGUCAUUUGAGCAUCGUACAGACGGUAAGACCGUUAACCACUUGUCGUAUCCAAAUAUUGGACGACAACAUUUGAAUGCAAGAUUAGUUUGUGUGGCGAGCAAUACGAAUCUGACUCCACCGAAUAACAAAGUGGUCAUACUGGAUGUCAACUUGAAACCUAUUGCUGUACAUAUAAUGACAAAAGAUCGAUUCGUAUCAGCUGAUCGAACGUAUGAUAUUGAAUGCAAAUCUUCGGGUUCUAAACCACAAGCUGUAAUUACUUGGUGGAAGGGAAAUAAACAAUUAAAAAAAUUAACUAAAAAUUUUAAUGAACCUGACAAUCAAUCAUUAAGUAUAUUAACCUAUACACCUAGCCGAGAUGAUGAUGGUAAAUAUUUAACAUGCCGCGCAGAAAAUCAAUACAUUGAGGGCAGUGGUAUCGAGGACAAAUGGCGUUUAGUUGUUCACUAUCAGCCUACAACGCAUUUAAAAAUGGGUUCGUCGCUUAAUCCAGAUGAUAUUAAAGAAGGUGAUGACGUCUAUUUCGAAUGCGUUAUUCAAUCGAAUCCAAAGCCUUAUAAAAUGUCCUGGUUUCAUAAUGGCAAAGAAUUACAUCACAAUAUAUCAGCUGGUGUCAUACUAUCAGAUCAAUCACUUGUCUUACAAAGCGUUUCACGUGCAUCUGCCGGUGAUUACAACUGUCUGGCUGUAAACUCCGAAGGCAAAGGUUCCAGUAAUCCGGUGACAUUGCGUAUACGUUAUGCGCCCAUCUGUGCCAUAGACCACGACGAACUGUUGGGUGCCUUGAAGCAUGAAACUUUAACGUUAAAAUGUGAAGUAGAUGCAUCACCGCCUGCGGAUACAUUUCAUUGGACAUUUAAUUCAUCCGGCGAACAAACCGAAUUGCCAGCACGACUACAUUCAAGUGAAACGGGCUUAUCACGUCUAAAUUAUACUCCAACCACUGAUUUGGAUUAUGGUACUAUAUCAUGCUGGGCUCGCAAUAGCAUAGGCAUGCAAAAGAGUCCUUGCAUAUUUCAAAUUGUAGCUGCCGGACGACCGUUUCCAUUGCAAAAUUGUACCAUAAGUAAUCAAUCGGCUGAUUCUUUACAAGUUGAUUGCAUUGAAGGCUUUGAUGGUGGUUUACCACAAAGUUUUAUGUUGGAAUUGGUUGAAUUGAACAGUCUACGUUUGGCACGAAACAUAACUUUACCGCAUACUACCAGCCCGGUUACGUUUUUUAUUGAUAAUCUGGAUCCAACUGCUUUAUAUCGAAUGAUUAUAUUUGCUGUUAAUGCUAAAGGUCGUUCCGAGCCGAUAAUCAUUGAUGAUAUUAGUUUCAAAGGUGUUGCCAAAUUCACAGGUGCUUCCAAUGGUCUUACCGUACCCCUCUCUCCAUUCUUAGCUGGUCUAACUUUAUUUUGUGCUUUACUUUUUGCCGUCUCUUGUAUAAUAUUGGCAGCCAUCUAUAGAAGAUUUUCGAAUAGGCAAACAGAUAAUUUAAAACCGACGAAACAUACGCAAUUAUCUAUACCCGCUGAUUGUCAGUUGGAUCCGUUACAACCUAAUCGUCAUCACAACCAUUACGAGCAAAGUAAUCACCAGGCACAUCAUAGCCUUUUGCAGCCAAAUGUGGAUAAUAAAAUACAAAAUGCAUCCUCACCUACAUCAGCCGUUGUACCAGAUACCAGUACACUGAGGUCAACAACGCACAGUCAUAAUCGUUUAUCGCCACAAAUGAUGGCGGAGCCUGCCGAAAAUGAUGAUACUGAUCCCGAUGUUAUACCUAAUCAAUAUGAGAAACGUCCUUUAAAGCCUAUGAUGGCAUCACCUAUAUUUCGUAGUCCAUCAGCGCGAUUAUUACAACGCGAUUAUUGUACAAAUACCGAUGGCACCGAUACUACAUUGGGCAGUGGGAGUGUUAUUGGUGUUACCAAUGGCUCAACAUUAAGCAGUGUAGAUGGUUUUUCCAGUUUCGGCUCUAUAAAAAGUAAUAACGGUGGCGUUGGCAUCGGUAAUGAAGUACUGCACUAUACAUUUAGGCCGAGUAAACAAAUUAGCUAUGCGACUUUAAAUAAAAAAGGUAUCACUACAUGUAGCCCGCCAUUGGGUGCUGGUGGUGCUGCUGUCGCUGGAUUACCAUAUAGUACUACACCAACGACAUCGUCUUCAUUAUCAUCUUAUCAUCAUCCCACCACACAGCCUAUGGAGGUGAGUUUACUUAGUCCUAAUAAUCCAUCGGUAACAUCUUCGCUAAGUGAAUACCGAUUUCGGCCGGAAGUAGUAACCACCUCAAAUCGUAUACAGGAAAGUUGCAUAUAAACUUCUUUCUCUUUACAACUAACUAACUAAGCAAGCAAUUAUUGUAUAUAAAUAUGUAUGUAUGUAUGUAUGUAUGUAUGUAUGCUAUUUUAACGUAUUUUAUACGUGCAAAUUUAUAAUACAUUGUUGUUGUUAUUUAAGACGGUGAUAAUGUUGGAGGUUACUAAUGACAAUCUCGCCAUCAUUUAUUGUCAUGCAUUUAUUAUAUAAAAUCCUGAAAUUGCAUCUAUUGUGGUAUUUAGAUUUAAUACAAAAAUAUUUAAGAGCCACCACCACCACCACCACUACAAAAGUAAAGGAAUACAUUUUUGUUGGGAAAUAUUUAAAAUUUUGAGUUCAAAACGUAAUCAUCGGAUAUCGAAAUUUUCGCAACAAUUGUAGCAAAAAGGUUUCGAAAUUAAACCAAGAAUUAUUUAAGCCUGCUUUUCAGUAUGCGAAACAAAUAAUAGUCGUACGUUUUCAGGCCGACGUUUUACGGAAGAUUCACUAGAAUGACUGACCGACUGAACUAUUCUUACUUCAUGGCGGGCUUCUGAAUAUGGAUAUAUUUCGUUGAAAAAAUAUACCACACUACUACAUGUAACAUGUCAGCUCUUAAACGAUUUCCGAUGCGACCUGUUGCGAGUCUCUUAUACUUUGAUAACACUGCCAGAAAUAUAACUUGGAAGUUGACCCUAGUAGUUUGUAUUCAUUCUUAAAUUUUAAGUGGUGGAUAUAAAAAAUUUAUAAAAAUUUUCUUUAGUAC